GACAACUGCCAGGCGUAAGCGCAAACAGGAGAUGAAUCGUAGAGUGUGGACGGGUGCCACAAAGGAGCAUGAUAAAUUGGACAAACAGGAGAAGGAGGCCGAGGCGCACCGAGCUGAGGGGCGCCAAGGAGAAGGGCGCCAAGGUGAAGGGCGCCAAGGGGAAGGGCGCCAAGGAGAAGGGCGCGAAAGUGAAGAGCGCCAGGGGGAAAGGCGCCAAGGAGAAGAGCGCGAAGAUGAAGGGCGCCAGGAAGAAGGGCGCCAAGGAGAAGGGCGACAGGGGGAAGGGCGCCAAGGUGAAGAGCGCCAGGCCGGAGGGCCCGAGGAGCAGGCGGCGAGGCCUCCGCCCGAGCGCAAUCAGACCUGCGGUCGGCGUUCGUAGAGGGAGGCUGAAGAGCAGAGGCAGUUCGCCGAGGUCGGGUCAGCGGAUGCCCUCGCGCCCUGCCGCUUCAGCGCCGCUUCAGCGCCCGGCGGGAAGGUCGUCGAGGCAGCUGACGGGGACCUGCGGAUUAUCGUUCAUCAAGGAUUUCUAGAUUUUUUGCAAAGAUUUGAUUUCAUCCUUGGUUGACUUUUUGUAACGGAAACUAAUUGUUCUAUGCCAGAGGACAU